AUGUUGGAUCUCUGUGUCACCAUCAAAGGGGUGUCCUUCCUGUUGCAAACAGGGUUAGGGUUCCUGGGGAACACCCUGGUGCUGCUGGCCUACACCCAGGUUGUCUACUCUGAGUACCGACUCCAGCCUGUGGACAUAAUUCUCUGCCACCUAGCCUUCGUUGACCUGCUGCUGCUCCUCACCCGCUGCGUCCCCCAGACUAUGACUGUGUUUGGCCUGCGUGACCUGCUGAAUGACCCGGGCUGCAAGGUGGUCAUCUACACCUACCGCAUCUCCCGGGCUCUGUCAGUGUGCAUCACCUGUAUGCUCAGUGUGUUCCAGGCAGUGACCAUUGCCCCUGCAGGUGGACCCUGUUUGUCCAGGCUUAAGGCCCGGCUUCCCAGGCUCAUCGUGCCCACCAUCGCAGGGCUGUGGCUCUUCAACAUGGCUAUAUGCUUCGCAGCUCCACUUUUCUCUAUUGCCCCUCGCAACGGCACGGUGCCUGCCUUCACCCUCAACCUGGGCUUCUGCCACGUGGACUUCAGGGACAGGCUGUCCUACAAGAUCAAUGGAGUGGUUGUCUCUACACGGGACUUUGUCUUUGUGGGGCUCAUGUUGUGGUCCAGUGGCUACAUCCUUCUCCUCCUCCACCGUCACAGCCACCAGGUGAGAAGCAUCCGACGAUCAUCCCAGGGUGGAGGAGCUGAGACUAGGGCUGCCAAGACAGUGAUCACCCUGGUGGUGUUGUAUGUUGUAUUCUUCGGCAUAGACAAUAUCAUCUGGAUUUACAUGCUGACGGUAGAUAAGGUGUCUCCAGUGGUAGCUGACAUGAAGAUCUUCUUCUCCUCCUGUUAUGCCUGUCUCAGCCCCUUUUUCAUCAUCAGCUCCAAUAAGAAGGUCAAGAGUAAGUUGGUGUGCGUGGCAGCUGACCAAGAGCAGCCAUCAGUUGACACCCAGGACUCUAAUGACAAGAUGUAAAAUGCUCCCAAAAUUCUGGGCAGAUAUAUUUUCUUUUUCUGGGGCUAUUAAUACCUCAUGGAGGGUUUUGCUGUGAUUAAUUUGUGUGACUAUGCCUAUGUACCCUACUUGUUAUAGGCAUUUUAUUUAUUUGUGUAAAUAAAUUAUUUACAGUUUUCAGGAUUUUAGAUUGAACUAGUCUGACCUGAGGUUUGAAACUAUAUUAUCAUUCAUUAUAUUGGACAAGUAGGAGCUGUGAAGAUAGACAGCAAAUACAGUAGCAUACAAUACAACAAUGUCGUCUAGCUAUACUUUAAAAAAAAAAUAGCUAUAUGAAAUGCAAUGGAAAUUAAUCAAAUCAAAUCUAAUCAAAUUUUAUUUGUCACAUACACAUGGUUAGC